GAUGUGAGAGGACGAGUUGGAAGAAGUUCUUAGUUCCCUGCUGGCGAAACCUGGUUUCGAAAUGAGUAACGAAACAGCUGUUGACGACGCGGACAGUAGUAUAGAAAGCAAGGAAAGUGCAGAUAUUACAGAAAUUCUUACCGAAGGUUUCAUGCAGUCAUUUGUUCCGAAUAUGGAGAGCCUUCAAGGACGUCUGGGCGAAUUAACGUGAGCAAGUCGGUUCACGCUAUAUUAAUUGUAUAAGCUUUGUUAAGUUUCUUGUUAGCUCAAGUGCUUUUAGCUUUAGUUCACUUAAAAUGCAUCGCAUCAUACUGCGUGCGUUUAUUCCAUUGUUUUUUUGUCAGUUUUUGUGCAAAUUCAGCUUGAGGCAGGGUGAUUGUGGUAGGGGUUAUGUAAAAACUGCUUUCUGUACUUAUGGUACCCAUAUUGGAUUAAGGAAUACUUGGCCAGAUUGUAAUGUAUCAGUCAAAUCGAACCUUCCACAUCCCCCGGGUAAUCCCCCAGGCAUUUUACUUGUUUGAAAAUUAUUGUUCCAAUUUCCCCCUCCCCAAGUCAAAAAGCCGUUCAAAUGCCCCAUCAUACAGGUCCAUUUUAGGUGAUCAAAAUAAUGCCCCCACCUCAGGAAAAUUUAAAAGGUACCAUAUUUCAUAAUACGAACAAAGCUCUUGUGCAAAGCGGUGGAAACAUAUACCACACUGAAUGCACAGCUUUUCUUCGCGUGUCAUGCAACAGAAAGCUUUCUAAACAUUCCACCUACUUCAAUUACGACAAAUCCAUACAUUCAUGACCUUUUCAGUGAUGAUCAUUGCAUACCUUUUUAAUUUUUUAUUAAUAAACAUUACAUGUGGCCAGUAACAAAUUGCCGGUACUGUAUUUUAUUGUAACACAACUUAAAACAUAUUAAUAUAUUCAAAGCAUGAAUCAUAAAAAAUAAUUUAAAUACCUUUGAACAUGGCACAAAGCUUGUGUGGACUGUUGCUUUGCAGCCACUUGGCCAUGAAGCCACAAUCUUUCUCUCUGAAAUCAUUCCAAAGUCCACCAGCCUCGUGUGAAGCACCGAGACAUGUCACAUGAAAUCAAGGCUGUGGUUCAAAUUCCCCACCCCUGGGACAGCAAAGAUGUCAAAUGCCCAGGGGUGAUGUUGAAGCUUCAAUUUGACCAAUACAUAAUUAACAAUUAUUGAAUAAAGCUGACUGUCAACUGGGAACUUUUUGGCAGAGGUCAUAUAUGCCAACCCUCCCAGGUACAGCAGAAAUCUUCUGGUCUCCUGUGUGAGUUACCAAAUCUUAGAGAUAAAAAGACUUUUUAGCUCUUCAUUGCUUUUUUUGGAAUUAAGCCCAUUUCCCUGCAAAGUUCAAAAAUAUUUUGUUUCAUAGCACUGUUUCUGCAGCAUUUUGGCACUUGCUAUCUAUUUGUCACUGAAAAAGGUUACAGUCAAACUCCAUUGAUGAUGACACUGAUCAUGAGGAGGCAAUAGAAGGUGUCCACAUUACAGGUCAUGAUUUUUAAGUUAAAAACUGCCUCAUUUAUUUGAACAAAAUACUAAAGAAAUAAAACAGGGCAUUAGCAUAGACAAAUUAAACAUCUCUGACCUUCAAAAAGCCAUCAUUCCUCAGACUGUGUCCUUGGAAAAAUUUGCUCAUUUUCACAUUACUUAUUCAAAAACCAUUCUUUGUAUAACUUGCUUGAUGCCAAAAUAGUCUGAAAUUGAUGCCUAAAAUUCUCCAACUCUUACAUGUAGUUGAACAUUUACAUGUAUUUUGUGCAAUAUAAAUAUUAAAUUAUUAUUAUAACAUUAUGGUGAUGUUUUAUGUCUUCUGUAUAAACUUUUCAGGCAAAAUCAAGGCAUUUUGAUUGAAACUAUGCAACAGGAAAAUGACAAGUUUGUUGACUGUAUAUCAGCCAGAAAUCUCGCUUUGAUGGUAAGAAAACAUGACCAUUAAUGCUGUGUUGAUAAAAUUAAUUAUGCUAGGAGUCAAAGAGAAUUAACCAAGGUUAAAAUGUUUUAAGUUUAAUUUAUUUUUGGCUUGUAACAUUAAAUCCGAGCUUUUUUUGUAUUGAUUCUUUUUACAUAUUGUGUUAUAACAGUAAUGAAUGUUUGAGCUUCUUUGAUAAACAUGUAUGUGACAGGUCAAAUUUGAGUUAAGAAUAAUUUGAAAAUGUAUUCAAAUAAUAAUAAGUUUAAUUGAGUGUGUUUGUAUUGGUACUGGUAGAGAACAGAAGAUUUCUUCAUUUUUAACCCAAGUGGAGUGCCUAAUAUAGAAAAGUAAAAAAACUUAAAGAAAAGCCAUUUGUGGCUUCUCACUAAAAAUUCCCAAAACAUACUGGAGAAGAUGCCUUGAUAGAAAAUGCUGUUUUUAAAACAAAUAAUUCUAUUGUGCUUAAACAAAACAAGGUUUGUUAAAGUGACUUAAGGAAAAUAAUAUACCACGCCUGAAAUACUUUGUAUUGUGAGGAAGUUUCAACUCCAGAGACCAAUAUGACAAAAAGAUAGAUGGUUGUUACUUUACUAAGUGUGCAAUGUGAUAUAAAAUUUAAUAAUUUCUACUCCUUUUUUCAGCUGUCAUAUGUCCGCACAUACCAUAUAAAGCUCAUGAAAAUCAAGCAGGAUAUGAGUUCUGUUGAAGAUAGAGUAGGAAGACUUCAGGUGAGCUGAAUUAUAUAGUCAUUUUUGUAUUAAGUUAACCAGGAGUUUAAUAGCAAGCUUACUAGUUAAACAAUUCAUCAGCUUUCACACAUAAUGUGUGCAGUGUUACAUGAUUAGGUACCUACUCAGGGUUGUCACUAAGAUUUCAAGUUGCCGGGUAUUUGUUGUUAGUAGCCGGGGAAGUCACAAGCAGUCAUGGAGCCCCUUCCCACCCCCCCCCCUCCCCCAAGAAGGUUUUGAAGUGUAGUUUUUACCGUUUUCGAAAAGGCAUUACCGCCCCAAAAGAGCAAUCUUCAUCAAGAGUACAGCUAUCAUUAGCGGUUUUAUGAUGAUCACGUCUUUAUUAAAGAAAACAAACUACAACAUUCUGAGACACUAAAAUAAUAGUUAAAUUACUUUACGUAAAGGCUCGUUGGAGGGUUUUUUUAGUGGCCGCCAAAUGGGAAUAUACAUGUAAGCACCGGGCCUAAAAAAAAAGGACAGGUUGGCACCGGUCACGUUAUCUGCGCAGUCUUAUCUUCACGCAGACAAGGCGCAUGCUGGCCAGUGAAGUGUUAAAUCACAACGAUACUUUACAAAUGCUAAAAAUGUUGAAAGGACAAUCGAUUCUUAUACGGUGCAAAUGAAUUAACAUGCGCUGUAAAAUCAAUUGUAAAUCCUCAUUAUUUUAGUUAUACGUAAGAACGAAACAACUUACGGAAAACAAAAGUGAAACUAAUAUUGCAAAUGAAUUAACCCACGCAGAAGCGGAAAGAAGAAAAGUGGACGAUGAAUGUAUGAAAAAGCAUCAUAAACAUAAGGUUACUAUGGCUUGUUGAAAAAUAAAAGUAUGAUAAGGCUAAAACAAGCGUAAUGCACGAAAAAUCACGGGAUAAAAUAUGGCAAAACUGAACUGCACAACUGGUGACAUUAGUGGUCUCGAAUUUAUGAACGAAACAUCACUUAACAUACGAAGAAACUGACCUACGGAAGAGCAUUUAAACGACAGGGCUAAUACUUUAUAAACGACGCUGAGGUGUCAAAACAAGACUCAAGGAGAAGAAUGUAAAAGUAAUGCUAAUACUCAACUUCCCUUUUAUAUAUAACUUCUUGGAAGUAGAACUAAGAGCAUGUGAUCAUGGCCUGCGGACAGUGAUCGAAUAUUUCCCGUUGACCGUGCGUUAUUUUAUAUACUCGAUACCUAAAGCUAAAUGUAGACCUGGUCACUUAAAUGUCCACAUAUUAAACAUGGUAAUCAGUCAUAGUCUUCAUCUUCAAAGCCUUCAUCAUAAUCCUAAUUAUCAUCAACAUCAGCAUCAGGGAGAGAUCUGCUCAGGUCUUUCAUCGUGAACAAAGAGUGCAGAAUCCUUUGCCACUUCUUCGACAUGUUCAACACAAACCCUACACAACGGUUGAAACUAGGGACUUUUAGCAUCGACAAAGGUGACGGUAGCGAAAACGUCACUUUUAAAAAUGAAUUGGCUUUUUUUCCAACUUUGUCGCGUUUAUUUCAAUUCGCUGAAAAUAGCUAAUGUAGACCAAUUCCCUGGAGUUGAUUUCUUUGGGCGCACUCAAGUUUAGAAAGAGAAGGAAAAGUUUGUCGUCGUUUGUUUUACGUCCUCCAUAAAACGUGAAACUAGGCAUUUUCACGUCGUAGUCGUGCAGUAACGGCAAAGAAAUGUACAAAAAAGCGUGAUGCACGUGCAAACUAGUUGUUUUGCUCAAUAAACCUAUUGCUUUUUUGGCGUUCUCGUUGCCGUCGCCGUCGUCGUUGCUAAAACUCCCUACUGACAUUUUGCGAACGGAGAGUUUUCGCGCAUGUGUACUAGUACCAAAUCUAAGUCAGAUGUCUUUUUCCGAUGCUUCUUAGUUUUUGCACGCGAGUAUUUCAGAAUUACUUAAACCUGCUGCAGAUGAAAUUCGCAUUUAGUUUGAUGGAUAGUCUUUGUGUGUUUCAAAGGUGUGCUCUUUUGGUUUAAUUUAACGACGAAAGUAGCNUUGGCACCGGUCACGUUAUCUGCGCAGUCUUAUCUUCACGCAGACAAGGCGCAUGCUGGCCAGUGAAGUGUUAAAUCACAACGAUACUUUACAAAUGCUAAAAAUGUUGAAAGGACAAUCGAUUCUUAUACGGUGCAAAUGAAUUAACAUGCGCUGUAAAAUCAAUUGUAAAUCCUCAUUAUUUUAGUUAUACGUAAGAACGAAACAACUUACGGAAAACAAAAGUGAAACUAAUAUUGCAAAUGAAUUAACCCACGCAGAAGCGGAAAGAAGAAAAGCGGACGAUGAAUGUACAAAAAAGUAUCAUAAACAUAAGGUUACUAUGGCUUGUUGAAAAAUAAAAGUAUGAUAAGGCUAAAACAAGCGUAAUGCACGAAAAAUCACAGGAUAAAAUAUGGCAAAACUGAACUGCACAACUGGUGACGUUAGUGGUCUCGAAUUUAUGAACGAAACAUCACUUAACAUACGAAGAAACUGACCUACGGAAGAGCGUUUGUACUAGUACCAAAUCUAAGUCAGAUGUCUUUUUCCGAUGCUUCUUAGUUUUUGCACGCGAGUAUUUCAGAAUUACUUAAACCUGCUGCAGAUGAAAUUCGCAUUUAGUUUGAUGGAUAGUCUUUGUGUGUUUCAAAGGUGUGCUCUUUUGGUUUAAUUUAACGACGAAAGUAGCCGGGGGCCAUGCUCUGAGUAGCUGGGGGAAAUCCCCGGCCCCCGGCCCUUAGUGACAACGCUGCUACUCUUUGGAAAUGCAAGGAAAACAAAAUAAAUAGAGGAUAUUUCAUGGCCGCGUGGAGAAAAAAAAUUUCUUUUCGAGUGUUGAAAAAUAUUUCAGGAGUGAGUGUAGCGAAGGAGUGAAAUAUUUUUUCAACACGAGAUGAGAAAUUUUGUAUCUCCAAGUGGCCCUGUAAUGUUCUAUUUCUUAUAUAAACACCAAUGAACUACCAAACCAUUCCACUUUAAUAGUUUUUUGGUGUGAAGGGCACAAUUUAUUAUGACACCAUAGCAACGGUGAUAUUUUCACAUGUUAAGAUAACAUGUUAUUUUUCACAUGUGAAGAUAACAAGUUUUCGUACAAAUGCUCACCUGGUAUUUCAUUGGUGUUUAUAUAAUAAAGGAUCAUCGGAAGUACUGUUACAAAAAAUAUUUUCAUUACUGUACUGAAAGUGAAACAUGGAUAAUUAUUAUUUUUAUGAAGUAAAAUUACCAAUUGUGUCUUCCCAGUUGGUAAGACAGAUUCUUACAUCUGUACUUUAAUAUUUAACAUUUUAGAAGAGAGCAAUGAAACUCAAGUUACAGAAAGAGAAAGAGGAACGCAGUAAAGCAGAAGCUCAUGAAAAACAACUUGAACUGGAGAGACAACUGACAGCUAAAGUUGCAGGCUCAGAUCAUUAAUGCAGCACUAAACUUCCACAACAGUGACCAUGUUGUCAUGGAAACAAGCCCCCUACAAUGGCCAUUUUUUAAUUCCCAACUCUCAGAAUAUCAAAUAAUUUUUUAAAAACCCCUCACCUUGCUAUUUCUAUGAUACACUGGGACAAGGAUGUAGAAUUAAAAUUAAUAAUAUUAUUAAGGCAUUAAGAUUGUAACUCCUAUAGUAUUAUGUGUUACAUCAUUAUUUGUAGCACUGCUCAAAACUGUUUGAGGACUAGCUCAUUUUAAAAUUCUGUCUUUACACAAAAGAGCAGCCACCAGUUGUUCAAAAGCUGGAUAAUGCCAUCCACCAGAUAAAUCACUAUCCAGGGGAUAAAUGUUGGCAGAAGCAAUUGUUCUUUCCUCUGAAUAGAUCUUUUGAAAGUUCCUACUUUUCAUAACUGUAUAUUUGAGAAAAAUAAGACACUCUCUCCCACAUGACAACCAAGGCCAAAAAAAAUUGUGAGUACGUCUUGAACUUGCAUUUUAAUGUCUCCUUUUCUCACUUAAAGGAGAUAGCCUGAGGACGAAAAAUCAUGUCCAGAGUGUUGAAAACAACAAAAAUGAGGUGCUAAGACGAUGUUAAUUAUGAAAAGAAACACAAAUUACUACAAGAAAAUGUUAUUUAAAUUCUAACAACAGAUAAAAUUUAAAAAUAAAAUCAGUUGUAAGGUGCUUGAGUGAUUGUGAUUUCUAAAAUAAUAUUUAUACAAAGGUUAAAUCAACCACCACCUCUGUUUACGGGAGGGGGCUGAAAUUCAGGCUAGGUGCUUUUAAAAGUAACUUAAGAUUAAGGUGGCCUGACCCAUUAUUUUUGUUGGUACACCUUCCAUCUUUGAAUCUCUUAGACCUUUUUUUUGAAAUUCGUCUUAUAGAUUUUUGUGAAACUUCACACUACAGAAGACAAGCAUCCAAAGUAUAGGUAGCGUCGAGCAUUUCUAAAGAAAAUGCCGAUAAGGGCUGCAAAUCGAUUUAGAGCUAAAAUUCUUGUGACGUCAUUGUCAUGUGAUAUUUAUUCUGAUUGCCCCCCCCCCCCAAAAUAUCAUCAUAAAGUUUAGUCUAUGUGUAAUACAUGUGUUAUAAUGGUUUUACCAUAAAGAUAAAUUUGUGUAAGUCUAAGAGAUUUAAAGAUGGAAGGUGUACCUGCAAAAGAGGGAGUUUUUUGGCAAUUUAACUGUUCCCUGUGUUC